AUGAUGUGGUCCAAUAUCAGUGCUGUCCCCUUUCUGCUGACUGGCUUCCCAGGACUGGAAGCAGCUCAUCACUGGAUCUCUAUACCCUUCUUUGCCAUCUAUAUCUCUGUGCUUCUGGGCAAUGGCACACUUCUCUACCUCAUCAAGGAUGACCACAACCUCCAUGAACCCAUGUACUAUUUCCUUGCCAUGUUGGCAGGUACAGACCUCACAGUUACACUGACUACAAUGCCCACUGUAAUGGCUGUUUUAUGGGUGAAUCACAGAGAGAUAAGACACGGGGCCUGUUUUUUACAGGCCUAUGUCAUUCACUCCCUUUCUAUUGUGGAGUCAGGGGUCUUGCUUGCUAUGUCUUAUGAUCGAUUUGUUGCCAUCUGCACACCUCUGCAUUAUAACUCUAUCCUUACCAAUUCCAGGGUUAUGAUAAUAGGACUUGGGGUUGUACUGAGGGGCUUUUUAUCUCUUGUGCCCCCAAUCCUGCUUCUCUUUUGGUUCCCAUACUGCCGUUCCCAUGUCCUUUCUCAUGCCUUCUGCCUCCACCAAGAUGUCAUGAAACUCGCAUGUGCUGACAUUACCUUUAACCGCAUAUACCCAGUUGUUUUGGUUGCCCUGACUUUCUUCCUUGAUGCACUCAUCAUUGUCUUUUCCUAUGUCCUCAUUCUGAGAACAGUUAUGGGCAUUGCCUCUGGAGAGGAGAGAGCAAAGGCUCUCAACACUUGUGUUUCCCACAUUAGCUGUGUCCUGGUCUUCUACAUCACAGUGAUUGGCCUGACCUUCAUUCACAGGUUUGGAAAGCAUGCCCCCCAUGUGGUGCACAUUACCAUGAGCUAUGUCUACUUUCUCUUUCCUCCGUUUAUGAACCCCAUCAUUUACAGCAUCAAGACCAAGCAAAUUCAGAGGAGCAUUCUCCGUCUACUCUGUGUAUAA